CGAUGAGCACUGUUCCAAGUAAUUGAUAUUUUGAUCUAAAAUAUCCUUUCGUUUCCGAGGCAAGGUUUUAUAGUUUCAUCUCUCUCUCUCUCGCUGCCGAUAACUUCGCCGGCGGAAGAUGGCGGACGGUGGGGCCAAUACUCCACCUCCCCCACUGGACAACGGCGGGGAAUUUCUCUUGUCCCUUUUGCAUCGGCGGCCUUACCCGCAGCGCGCCGAUCCUUUGACCACAUCGCCUCCGGACCACCCAACCGUUGCCCUCGAUCCGGCCGUCGCCGCCGUUGGCCCUACCGUCUCCUCCUUUCCUCCGCUGCAUUGGCCUUCGAACGGUCGUGAUCUCCCCGGUCAACCCGCUGCUCCCUGGCCGCUCUCUCUUUCGCCGCCUAAUCUUCCAUCCAGUUUGCUAGGGUUUCCUCAAUUUCCCCUUAACCCGUUUCCUGCGAACCAAUUCGACGGCAGUCAGAGACUAUCAGGGGAAGAUGCUUACAGAUUAGGGUUUCAUGGGACUGCGAGUCAUGCUAUGCAGUCCGUAGUACAACAGCAGCAGCAGCAGCAGCAGCAGCCACCAUCAGCCGAGCAGCCGAAGCUCGUAUUUGGUUCCUUCUCUGGGGAUGCUGUCCAAAACCUUGAUGGUUUACUUAAGGGAAACUUGGUUUAUGGUUCUAAGCUUAGUUCGGCCAAAGAUCAUGAACGGCUCAUGAGGCAUCCCCCAUCUGUUAUCCCCAAUUCAAAUUCGGGUUCUAACUGGUCGCAAAAUCGAAACUUGGAUCAUUAUGAACGUAGGGGAGACCAUGGAGGGCGGGGAAGCUAUGCUCACAAUGCGAAUAGUGGCAGGAGUUUCAACUCUACCCCUCCUCCAGGAUUUGCAAAUAAGCAGCGAGGGUGGGAUAGGGAUAUUGGAGAUAUGUACGGUAAUAAUAGCAGGGGUGCUUGGCCGAGAAAUUCAGAUAGAGUAAAAGGCGGUGACCGAUCGAAUUUAAGCGAAAGAAAUUUAAAUUCAAGAGCGGAAGCUGAUAGAUUAAGGAGUUUAUAUGAUGAGAAUGGUAGCGGGUUCAAGCUUAGCCAACAGCUUGAUCACCCUGGACCACCAGUAGGAAGCCGUCUACAUUCUGUCUCAGAAGCUGAUGCCGAGGAUUCCUUUUUGGCUUUGAACAAGGAAACUCAUGGUCAGGGAGGAGGAGGUCGAGAGAAAUGGGGGCAGGUUAGUAGGCCAAUGCGGGAGGGUAAUGGGCAUUGCGAGACAGUUGAUGAUGAGGUUGAGGAUUUCGGAGCAGAACUUGUGGAUUCUUUACUGCUUGAAGAUGAAGCUGGAGAUAAAGAUGUCAAAGAUGAGAAGAAGAAUCACCGAAAUCAUCGUGAAAAGGAAUCGAGAACUGAUGGCAGAGGACAGUGGCUGCUUAGCCAAAGGUUAAGAAUGCUUAAAAGGCAUAUGGCAUGUCGAAGUGACAUCCACAGACUAGAUGCUCCCUUUCUUGCAGUCUACCAGUCCUUGAAUCCUGCAGAGGAUGAGCUCGAGAAGCAGAAACAACUAAUGGCUCUGCUAGAGAAAUUAGUUAGCAAAGAAUGGCCUCAGGCUAAAUUGUACCUGUACGGGUCAUGUGCCAACUCUUUUGGCUUUCCUAAGAGUGACAUCGAUGUUUGCCUUGCAAUUGAAGAUGCCGAUAUCAACAAGUCAGAGAUGUUGCUAAAGCUGGCGGAUAUUUUGCAAUCAGAAAAUCUCGAAAAUGUGCAGGCACUAACCCGUGCUAGGGUCCCGAUAGUAAAACUAAUGGAUCCGGUUACUGGGAUUUCCUGUGAUAUCUGCAUCAACAAUGUGUUGGCUGUUGUGAACACCAAGCUUCUCCGUGAUUAUGCACGGAUAGAUGCACGAUUAAGGCAGUUGGCUUUCAUUGUGAAACAUUGGGCAAAGACAAGAAAGGUCAACGAAACUUAUCAAGGAACGUUGUCCAGCUAUGCUUAUGUUUUGAUGUGCAUUCAUUUCUUACAGCACCGUAGGCCUGCAAUCCUUCCAUGCUUACAGGAAAUGGAGCCGACCUACUCUGUUACAGUAGAUAAUGUCGAAUGUGCAUAUUUUGAUGAGGUGGACAGACUCGGUAAUUUUGGAUCCGGUAACAGGGAAACUAUAGCGGAGCUGGUGUGGGGAUUUUUCAAUUACUGGGCAUAUGGCCAUGAUUAUGCAAAUUCAGUUAUAUCGGUCCGAACUGGGAGCAUAUUCAGCAAGAGAGAGAAGGAGUGGACGAGGAGGGUGGGGAAUGACAGGCACUUGAUAUGCAUAGAAGAUCCGUUCGAGACAAGCCACGACCUUGGUCGGGUGGUGGACAAGUUCAGCAUCCGUGUUCUCAGGUCUGAGUUCGAACGUGCUGCCGACAUCAUGCAACAUGAUCCUAAUCCUCUCCUUAAGCUUUUUGAACCUUACGUUCGUGAAGAUAUAUAAAAGCUAAGCAAGAGAGAAGGGGGAUUAGAUGUAAAUACUAAUGGUGACUCUAAGUUUUUAAGUUAUGCUUCUUCCUCUCUUUUUUUUUUCUGGGUGGUGGUCUUUCCCUUGAAGACUCUGUUAGGUUAAAUUAUGGGAUCUUCAGCUGUUCCUAUAAUUGAUAAAUUAUUAAAGUUUGAGUGGUGGCUGCUGCAUAAGCCUUCUUUUUGUUUAAUUA